AUGCCUGGCCGACGCCCCUCAGUAGCUGCCAGCACAUCUUCGCCUUCUCGCGCAGGCAGCCAACCUCCCGAGGACGACGUGGAUGAGGAGCCCUUCUUCGACUCUGUCGAUGAGCUUCAGUCGCAUGGCAUCAACGUCCAGGAUAUCCUCAAACUCAAGUCUGCUUCUAUCACUACAAUAUCUGGCGUCACCAUGACUACUAGGAGGUCACUCUUGAAGAUCAAGGGCCUAUCCGAGGCGAAGGUAGAGAAGAUCAAGGAAGCGGCGCUGAAGAUCCAAGGAUCUUCCUUCGCUACUGGCUUGGAGAUGCAAGAUAAGCGCAAACGUGUUCUCUGCAUCAGCACUGGUAGUAAGGCCGUUGACGGUAUCCUCGGCGGCGGUGUCAUGUCCCAGUCCAUUACUGAGAUAUACGGAGAGUACCGCACCGGGAAAACGCAAUGCGCUCACACCAUGGCUGUAAUCGCUCAGUUGCCCCCAGAUAUGGGCGGCGCAUCGGGCAAGGUGGCUUACAUCGACACUGAAGGAACCUUCCGCCCCGAUCGCAUACGAUCCAUUGCCGACCGCUUCGGUGUCAACGGUGACAUGGCGUUGGAAAACAUCUUAUACGCUCGUGCCUUCAACAGCGAACAUCAGAUGGAGCUCAUCAACGAAUGCUCGUUACGGUUUGCGGAGGAUAAGGACUUCAGGUUGCUUAUCGUAGACAGCAUCAUGGCGCUCUUUCGAGUUGACUUCUCCGGUCGCGGUGAGCUGAGUGAAAGGCAACAGAAGCUUGCUCAAAUGCUGUCUAAACUCACCAAACUCUCUGAGGAAUUCAACAUUUGCAUCCUGAUCACCAACCAAGUUCAAUCUGAUCCCGGUGCUACAAUGACUUUCGUCGCCGGCGGUGCUCUCAAGCCUAUCGGUGGCCACAUCAUGUCUCACGCUUCUGCGACGCGCAUGUUCUUACGCAAAGGUCGCGCUGAGGAGCGCGUUGCCAAGCUCGUUGACAGUCCAGACAAGCCAGAGUCAGAAGCUUCGUACAAGCUCGACGAAGGUGGUUGGGCUGACGUCUGA